GUGAUUGUGUGGUGCUCAUCUUGCGGCCAGUUGUUGACUGUUGACAGCGGUGAGCAGUUGUGAGAAAAAUGGCAAACACAUUAGAACCGGGCGCGGUGAUCAAGCCGAUUAUAGACCAUGAAGGUGUGAAGCUCCUGGUGGAGCGGCUGUACGGCAUCUCAGUGCUGGAGCUGACGGAGCUGAACGGGUACGACGACAAGAACUACAAGAUCAUCGAGGACCCUAACGUAAAGAACCCGCUCAUCACCUCCCACAGUGAGAACGGAUACGUCCUCAAGAUUAUGAACUCCAUGGACUCGCAGAAUGUUGGCGUUGUUGAGGCUCAGAAUGAGAUUAUGAACUUCUUGGCCACCCGCUCGGUGACCUGCCCCAAGCCGGUGCGCAACGUGUUCGGUCACCUGCACUCGGUGGAGAGGCUCGGCGGCAAGCAGCACGCGGUGCGCCUGCUGGAGUUCGUGCCGGGCGAGCUGCUGCAGGCCGUGCCCAAGUCCGAGGCGCUGCUCUACCAGCUCGGAGAGUUCGUGGCGAACCUGGACAACAAGCUGCAGAACUUCAACCACUCGGGGCUAGCGGGUCGCGAGCACAUGUGGAUGCUGACGCAGGUGCCUGAGCUCGAGAAGUUCAAGUACGUCAUCAAGGACGCGGAGAAACUUGACCUGGCUGAGGAGGUGAUAGAAGAGUUCAAAUACGCGAUUGUCCCGCGCCUGGACGAGCUGGAGAAGGGCGUCAUCCACGGAGACGUGAACGAGAUGAACGUGCUGGUGGGGCUCAAGCCAGGAGGCAGCAACUCCGACUACCGCAUCACUGGAAUCAUAGACUUCGGCGACAUCCAGUACUCGUACUACGUUUUCGAGCUGGCCAUCACUAUGACCUACAUGAUGCUCAUCACUGGAGACCUGAAGGCUGGAGGCUACGUCCUGGCAGGGUACACCGUCAACAGGCGCUUGCCUGACGACGAGUACAGGCUACUGAAGACGCUGAUUUCGUCCCGGCUCGUCCAGAGCCUGAUCCUGGGCGCCUACACCUUGGAGCAGGACCCCAACAACACAUACGUGACGUCCACAGAGAAGGCCAACGGCUGGGAGCUGCUGAAGAAGAUCCGCAAGUCCAAGGCGACCGAGCACGGAGACCCCACUGACUGGAAGGAGAUCGCCAAUGAAUAUCUAACGAGGAGCUAAGCUUAAGACGAGGAAAGUUUUUAUAAUGAUGUACAAGAUGUAACAUCUAUCUAUGGGAUAAUGUCCAAGUAAAUUUAAGAUAGAUUUUUUAAUUUGUUGACACUCUCGCGUACUUUGCUUCCUUUGUUGAGGUUUUUCUUUGUUUUGAGCUUAGCAAUUGUGUUCGCCCUAAAUAAAAAAGAGCUCUUAGCGUGAUGCUAUAGAUAUGUGAAGAAAAAAAA